UUCUGGCGCCAAAUUCGAAGGGAAUAUAAAGUGUCCCCGGGAGCGCCGCAGCCCCACCGUCGCCUUUGCCUGUGAGAGCCGGAGUCGCCGCCUGUCUCUGCCCGCCAUCGCCGCCAUGAUCCCCGCCCGGGCCCCGUUCUCCGUCCGCAACGAGCAGCCCCGCCUGUCGCCCAUGAAGAACCUGGUCCUGACCGACAAGGAGAACACGCCCCCCGCGCUCAGCGCCACGCGGGUCCUGGCCACCAGGGCCGCUCGGAAGAUCUUCCAGGAGGCGGACGCGAAGCCGUUGAAACCCAAAGCAGUGACACAAGCUCCUAGCAAUCUGGAAGAUGAGCCCCUCCUACGGGAAAAUCCCCACCGGUUUGUCAUGUUCCCCAUCCAGUACCAUGAUAUCUGGCAGAUGUACAAGAAAGCAGAGGCUUCCUUCUGGACAGCUGAAGAGGUUGACCUUUCCAAAGAUAUUCAACACUGGGAGUCCCUGAAGCCUGAGGAGAAAUAUUUCAUUUCACAUGUCCUAGCCUUCUUUGCAGCAAGUGAUGGCAUUGUAAAUGAGAAUUUGGUGGAGCGAUUCAGCCAAGAAGUACAGGUAACAGAAGCUCGCUGUUUCUAUGGCUUCCAGAUUGCUAUGGAAAACAUACAUUCAGAAAUGUACAGUCUGCUCAUAGAUACUUACAUUAAAGAUCCAAAACAAAGAGAAUUCCUUUUCAAUGCCAUUGAAACGCUGCCCUGUGUUAAAAAGAAGGCUGACUGGGCCAUGCAGUGGAUUGGGGACAAACAUGCAACAUUUGGAGAACGUGUAGUAGCUUUUGCAGCAGUGGAAGGAAUCUUCUUCUCUGGCUCCUUUGCAUCCAUCUUUUGGUUGAAGAAGAGAGGGUUAAUGCCUGGACUCACUUUUUCUAACGAACUCAUCAGCAGAGAUGAGGGUUUGCACUGCGACUUUGCCUGCCUAAUGUUCAAGCACUUGAUUCACAAACCAUCUGAGGAAAGAGUAAGAGAAGUCAUUACCAAUGCUGUCAGGAUAGAGCAGGAAUUCUUGACAGAGGCGCUACCUGUAAAGCUGAUUGGCAUGAAUUGCACUUUAAUGAAACAGUACAUUGAAUUUGUAGCAGACCGACUUAUGUUGGAGCUGGGAUUUAGCAAGAUAUUCAAAGCAGAGAAUCCAUUUGACUUCAUGGAGAAUAUCUCACUGGAAGGCAAGACUAACUUCUUUGAGAAGCGAGUAGGAGAAUACCAGAAGAUGGGAGUAAUGUCAAAACCCACAGAUAACUCUUUCACUCUGGAUGCAGACUUUUAAAUGAACUGAGACCACUUAAGAUACGAUGGGUGUGCUGUUUUGAAUGAAAGAUUGCUUUCAAUAUGAAUUCACAUUGUGACUGGAUAUUAUACUGAAAUCCCACUCUUGAACAGUGUGGGGGGUAUGGUACUGUUUUGAGGAGGCUAGUAUAGCUACAGCAGUAAAAUUCUUUAAUUAGAUAUUGCCAAUGGUGUUAAUUCAUAGAAUGCUUAGAUGGAGUAACUUGUGUUAUAAAAUCAUUUCCUGAAAAAUCCUCAAUUCUUGAAGUGAUCUCAAAUGCCAUCCCUUGCAACAGGGAGGUUAUACACAGAUAUCACUAGUUUCUGGAAUUUCUAUCUCAGUGCUGGAAGUGCUUGAGAAAUGACAGUCUUAAAUUAGAUUUGAGAGAUUUGGCUCUCAGAUACUGUAGGGGAAGCUACAUGACCUCACUGCUUCUUAGCAGGUUUUAAGUUUACUUUUUACUAUUUGUAAUAGUUUGUACAUAAACCUGGCACUUUAAUAUUAAAAUAAAGAACUCUGACGUAGUGUUUUUGGCAACAUUAAUAUUGAAGCUUGAGUUUAUACUAAACUUUUAGACAUCGCAUUGCAUGAUAACCUUUUUUGUUUUUAUUCUUAUUUACUUGUAUGUAACUUAAAAUGAUAAAGCUUUGAAUCAGA